AUGAAUGCUUACAACACUAAAGCACCUUCUGCAGUGGAGUUUAAUGCUGUUUCUGUCUCUAUUGAAGAGCGAGCUACACGUCUUUUAGCAGCCUGUGAAUCCUGUCUUGUCGUUACGCGCAUUCCGGGUGUUGACAUGUCGUUUCGACGUAUAAUGGACCGGAAAUGUCCACGUUGUAGCGGUACAUUGGUGCUACCCCAGGAGGUCAUGGAAAUGCUCAUUCUCUAUGGAAGUUUCGUGCCUGAGUCAGUGGCUGUUACACUUAUACUCGGUAUGAUGGUACUGCAUCCAACACUACGUCCAGACUUUAUGGCGGCAGCAAUGAACGAGCUACUCAGUCCCCUACAGACGGACUUUGUCUAUGACGUCGCCGUGCCCAAGCGUCCAGAAGGACUGGGCAUGUCGCUGCGUAUGAAUCAAGGAAAUCUCGUCGUUGGCGGCUUUAUUGAUUUUGAAAACAAUAGUGAGAGUCCAUCUGUUGCUGCUCGAAUUAUUGCUGUGGAUGACGUGCUAGUUGCGAUUAACAAGAAGUACAUCACGUCGUGGUCUUUUGAAAAGAGCAUUAGUAUGUUGGCUCAUGCAGCAUCGCCAGUGUACUUGACAUUUCGACGUCGCCAUGCCGUCAUGCUGCUUUGA